AAGAGCACCAACAAUGACCUGACGUUCGAGGAGGGCGGCGCAGCGGCGCCGUUGCCCGAGCCGCUGCCGGUCGCCGCCGCCCGCACGUCGCUCCUCGCGCGCCACAAACGCCAGAUCUGGAACGUCUUCAACGGCGGCGAAGACGACUACCACUACGAAGACUAUGAAGACUACGGCGAUGAGGAGGAGGAGGAGGGCGUGCCGUCGGGUGACGCCUUGCUGCCGGACCGGGCACUGCCCCCCGACGACGAGGACCUCGUGACGGAGGGCUCGGGGCCGCUCGACGGCAUCACUGGAGUCGGGCCGCGCAUAGGGACCACGCCGGCGCUGCCCACCACGCCGCCGGGACUCGUGUACUACCGCCUGACCCUGACCCUGGGCGAGGCUUGCGAGCCAGUGGAGCACGCGGCCUUCCUGGCGGACGCCGUUCAGGAGCUGUACGACACCACACCUGGCCGCCAGGUGGCAACAGUCAUCCAGGCCAGUCCCGGCUACGUGGGAUCCUCCUGCGACUACACCGUGGACCUGACAUCCCAGGACUUCGACGACCAGGCAGAAUUCGAGCGUGUGCUGGCCGACGCACGGGACAAAAGAGAGAUCGAUGGACAUCCCUUCAUCGACUUCCGGAUGCGCCGCUUCGGAGGGCUGCCGAGUGAGCCGUCGGCGGCGCCGGAGCGGACGUGUACCGAGUACGAGCUGCGCUGUCGCAGCGGCGAGUGUCUGCCGCAGACAGCGCGCUGCAACGGCCUGGCCGAGUGUCGCGACGGCUCCGACGAGCUGGGCUGUCCUCUGGCCACCACCCCGGCCGGCCCAGUCGACCCCGACGAUCAGGGCAAAGAGCCGGAGGCGAUGUGUCGGGGCGACAAUGUGGCCUUCUGUAGCGACGGCACACUGAUCUGCGAGGUGCAGCUGUGUGACGGCAAACGGGACUGCCCGGGUGGCGACGACGAGAACAACUGCCCCGACAAACCAUCGUCAGACGUGUGCGGCGCCUCGGAGCUUCUCUGUGACGUCAGUCGAUGCGUGCCGUUCACCCGCCGCUGCGAUGGCGUCCAGGACUGCACCGAUGGACAGGACGAGAUUGACUGCCCGGAAGUGUGCGCCGCCGACCAGUUCCGGUGCGGCGACGGCACGUGCCUGCCAGCGCGCAAGAGGUGUGACCUGCUGGUCGACUGCCCGGGCGCCGAGGACGAGGCUCGAUGCACCAACCCAAAAUGUGUGGAGCGUGCCGAGUUCUCGUGCGCCGACUCGGAGCUCUGCCUCCCCAUGUCGCAGCGAUGCGACGGCUUUGAGGACUGUCCGCGCGCCGACGACGAGCGGGACUGUCUGUGUCGGGCCGACCAGUGGCAGUGCAACGAGGGCCUCUGUAUCGACAGUAGCCUCAAGUGCAACGGUGUGGCCGACUGUCCCGCCGGGGAUGACUCGGAUGAGAGCCCGAGGCAAUGUCAGCGUGCCCCCUGCUCUCCACUGCAGCUGCGCUGCUCGGACGGCAGCUGUGUCGACCUGCGCCGCAAGUGUGACGGCUACAGGGAUUGCCCCGGCGGCUUCGACGAGCAGGACUGCGAGUGUCGGGAGGACGAGCGGCGGUGCAACAGCGGCGAGUGCCGGAGCGCCUCCGUCUGGUGCGACGGCCGCUCGGACUGCGCUGAUGAUUCGGACGAGCUCGACUGUGAAUGUCGUGAAGACCAAUUUGAAUGCGGCAAUGGAUACUGUAUCACACUCAAGUACAAAUGUGACGGAAUUCGCAAUUGUCAGGACGGCACAGACGAGCAGAACUGUCCGGCCACAUGCGCGACGAGCGAGUUCUCCUGCGCCGAUGGCACGUGCAUCAACGCCGGCCUGCGCUGUGACGGCACCAUUCACUGCCCCGACAGCUCCGAUGAAAUCGGCUGCCCGCCACGCUGUCGUCCGGACCAGUUCGCCUGCGAUGACGGGCCCUGUCUCAGUAUCGCGCAGAAGUGUAACGGCGUGCCCGAGUGCGCCGGCGGUGAGGAUGAAAACAACUGCGCUGGCUGCAGCGCGGAGGAGUUUCGCUGCAGCGACGGCUCCUGUAUUCCCUUCACGCGAGCCUGUGAUGGCUUCCCGGAUUGCAUUGAUGGUUCUGACGAGGAUAGAAAUCGUUGUCCAAGUGGUCCGGCGCCGACGCUGUGCGAAGCCGAUGACUUCCGCUGCUCGGACGGCAGCUGCGUGCCCGGCAGGCGGCGCUGCGACUCGGCCUACGACUGCCCGGACGGGUCGGACGAGGCUGGCUGCAUGCCGUCCUGCGGGGAGGAUUUCACCUGCACCUCGACCGACGAGUGCGUGGACAGAGCCCGCGUCUGCGAUGGCUUUCCUGACUGCGCUGACAACAGUGACGAGGCCAACUGCACGCGUCCGGCCUGCGAACCCCAGGACGUCACGUGCUCAGACGGCGCCUGCGUGCCCGCCUCGGCCCGCUGCAACGGCGUCCGAGACUGUAUCGACGGCGUCGACGAGGUCGACUGCGCGUGCCCGGAGGGCCAGUUCAGAUGUCUGGACGGCACCUGCCUGAGUGCGGCCAGACGCUGCGACGGCAAUUUUGACUGCGCCGACUACGAUGACGAGGAGGGAUGCCCGCCGGUGGCAUGCACGGCCGAUGAGCACCGCUGUGGCGACGGCACCUGCCUGGACGCCCGACGCCGCUGCGACCAGAUCCCGGACUGCGCGGACGGCUCGGACGAGCGCGACUGCGCCUGCGACGACACCGAGUUCCGGUGCGGCGACGGCUCGUGCAUUGCCCGCACGCGCGUCUGCGACCUCUCUUACGACUGCAGGGACUACAGUGACGAGCAGAACUGCAGACCCUCGUGUCGGGUGGAGGAGCACCAGUGCGGCGAUGGCCGCUGCGUGCCCGCCUCCAGGAAGUGCGACGGCCAGCCAGACUGCCUGGACUACUCGGACGAGGCCAACUGCCAGUGCCGGUCGGACCAGUGGCGCUGUCAAACGGGCGAGUGCGUGGACCUGGGUCGCCGCUGCGACGGACGCCCGGACUGCAGGGACGGCUCUGACGAGCUCCAGUGCGCGUGCACAGCUGACCAGUGGCGAUGCCAGAGUGGGCAGUGCGUGCCGCUGUCGCGACGCUGCGACCGCCGCUUUGACUGCCGCGACGGCUCCGACGAGAGGGACUGUGAGCUGGAGUGCGGAGCGGACGAGUUCCGUUGUGCGGAUGGCCAGAACUGCGUGCCCAACUCCGCCGUGUGUAACGGCUCGCCAGACUGUCGCGACAGAAGUGACGAGAGUAACUGCGAGCUGCAGUGCCGGGCCGGCGAGUUCCGAUGCGCCGACGGCAGCCGCUGCAUUCCCGAGUCGAGGGUGUGUAACGGCGCGGUGGAGUGCGCCGACUCCAGCGACGAGCAGGGCUGCGCCGUCAGUCCGAGGCCGCCCGUGCCUGUCGCCGGAGACAUCCGACUAGCGACCUACCCCGGCCAGCAGACCGUGAGAGCGAGGAACGAGGUGGUGUUCCAGUGCCGGGACGAGGGCCCCCGCCGGAUGCCGGUGCGCUGGUCCCGCGGCGACCGCCCGCUGCCGGCGCGCUCCAUCCAGCGGCAGGGCCGCCUCACCAUCCCCGAUGCCCAGGUGGCCGACGGCGGCACGUACCUAUGCGAGGCUGAGGGUGUCCCGCCGGGCACCGCCGGCGCCUCUACCACCGUCCUGCUCCAGGUGGAGCCCUAUGACCGCCCUGUUCGACCGCCGUCGACAGCCUGCGGUCUCCUGGAGGCGACCUGCGCCGACGGCACGUGCAUCCCCAAGGGACGAGUGUGUGACGGCGAGCGGGACUGUCCGGACGGCUCGGAUGAGAACCGCUGCAACCCGUCCGGCUGUCAGCCAAAUGAGUACCAGUGCGCCAACCAGAAGUGCGUGCUGAAGACGUGGCGCUGCGACGGAGACAACGACUGUGGAGACGAAUCGGACGAGCAGGGCUGCGAGCCCAGCCCGCCAGGCUCGCAGUGCAACUACAACGAGUUCCAGUGCGCGGCUGGCGGCCAGCCGAGCGCCCAGUGCAUCCCGCGCGCCUUCCACUGCGACGGCCAGGUGGACUGCCAGGACCGCAGCGACGAGAUCGGCUGCUCCGCUCCUCUGAUCGGAGAGCCGCCGCCGUCCAUGCUGAACGUGCAGACCGGGGACGUGUUUGUCAUCCGGUGCCGCGCCGUCGGCACGCCCGUGCCCGAGAUCUCGUGGCGCCUCAACUGGGGCCACGUGCCGUUCAAAUGUCGUCAGGAGAGCUCGGGCGGUCUGGGCACACUCACCUGCCCGAACGCCCAGGUCUCGGACCAGGGCGCCUACUCGUGCGAGGCCAUUAACAUCAAGGGCUCGGUGUUCGCCGUACCGGACACGAUCGUCAUGGUGUCGGGCAGUGGCGGCAUCUGCCAGCCGCCCGACUUCAACAGCGCCGCGCUCACCAACGCAGACUGCCAGCGCUGCUUCUGCUUCGGUGCCACCACCGACUGCUUCAGCGCCGGGCUGUCCAUCUCGGAGCUGCCGGAGCCAAACCCAAGCGACAUCUCACUGCGCUCCGUGUCGAGCUACUCUCCGGACUUCAUCAUCGAGCCGGCGACAGGCGACUCGAGCCGUUACCUGAGGUUCGGCCCGGGGGGCGCUGUUCAGGUGGUGUCUCCGCCGUUCGUGGACGGCUCCCUGUACUUCUCCAUGCCGCCCAGUCACACCGGUCCCCAGCUGAAGAGCUACGGCGGCUACCUGCGCUACACGCUGAGUCCGCCGGGCGGCGCCGACCGGCGGCAGCCUGCCGUCAUUCUGAGCGGUAACGGACUGGUGAUCUGGUAUACCCCUGACAUCAGCCAGCCGGGCAGCACCAGCAUCCGCAUCACGGAGGGCGUGUUCUACAAGACGGGCGCCAGGCGCGACCAGGUGCCUGCCACCCGCGAGGACAUCAUGAUGGUGCUGGAGAACAUCGACUUUUUCCUCAUCGGGGUGCCGCGGUCUUCGGACGGCCGGUUCCAGGGCGAGCUGUCCGCAGUGCGCAUGGAGUCGGCCACGGUGGCGCAGACUUCCCAGGGCCCCACCAACCUGGUGGAGGACUGCAACUGUCCGCAGGGCUACUCCGGCAUGUCGUGCGAGGAGUGCGCACCAGGUUACAUCCGCCAGCAGACCGGCCAGUGGCUGGGCCGCUGCGUGCAGGAGCCGCAGGACUGCGCCCCCGGACAGUAUGGUGACCCGCGGCGCGGAAUCGCGUGCCGGCCCUGCUCCUGCCCCGGCACUCCGGCCCAAUUCGGCCAGACGUGUCGACUGGACUCCGACAAUCAGGUGACCUGCGACUGUCCGGCGGGCUACAUCGGUCGCCGCUGCGAGCGCUGCGCGGCCGGCUACCGCGGCGACCCGCUGGCCGGCACCCCCUGCUCACCCGGGGACCAGUGUGACCCGGCUGGCUCGCUCCAGAGCACGCCCGACCCGCGGACAGGCCGCUGCGACUGCAAGGAAUUCGCCACCGGCGCUAAGUGCGACCAGUGCAAGCCGCGGGCGUUCUUCCUCAGCGACAAGAAUCUGCACGGCUGCAUCAACUGCUUCUGCAUGGGCGUCACUGACCAGUGCAGCUCCUCCAACUGGUACCGCCAGCAGGAGUCUGCGGUGUUCACCAGCAGUGUGCAGGACUUCGUGCUCACCGACGAGAGGGCGCAGCAGACGUUCGACGGCGCCUUCGUCAACUCGGACGCCCGGGAGGCGGUCUACAGGGACCUGAGCCGGCUCGGCAGGAGGCCGCUGUAUUGGCGCCUGCCGGCCCGGUUCCUCGGCGACAAGGUGACCUCGUACGGCGGCUCGCUGAGGUAUAACCUGCGCUUCACGGCUCCACCCGGCGCCCAGCCCGCCUUCCAGAGCUACCCCGACGUGGAGAUCUUAGGUAACGACAUCUUGCUGCGGCACACGUUCGCGUCGCCGCCGGAGUCAGGCCGGCCGACGCCCGUCGUUGUCGACAUGUACGAGCAAUCCUGGACCCGGGACGACGGUGGGCCGAUGGACCGCGAGCAUCUCAUGAUGGCGCUGGCCGACCUCGAGUACAUCAUCAUCAAGGCGGCGCCCGUCGAGGGCGCCCAGCAGGCGGCCCUGUCGGAGGUGGCCCUCGAUAUCGCCGUACCGCAGAACACGGGUCUGGAGCGGGCGCACGCCGUUGAGCAGUGCUCCUGCCCGCGCGGCUACAAGGGUCUCUCUUGCGAGGACUGCGACGUGGGCUACACCCGGUCUCUGGGUGGAUUGUACCUGAGACAGUGUGAGCGCUGCGACUGCAACGGACGCAGCGACGAGUGCGACCCGGAUACUGGCGCCUGCCUGAACUGCCGCGACAACACGGCCGGCGCCUCGUGCGAUGUGUGCGCUCCCGGCUACCGUGGCGACCCCAUGCAUGGCCAGCCGUGCCGGCCCGACUCCAGCCGGCCGUGCGACUGCGACCGGCGCGGCAGCCUGAGCCGCGACUGCGACGCCAGACGCCAGUGUCCCUGCAAGAGUAACGUGGAGGGCGUCAACUGCGACCGCUGUCGGCCCGGCUACUUCGCGCUGAUGACGGGCAACCCCGACGGCUGCUCGCGCUGCUUCUGCGCCGGCGUCAGUCAGCAGUGCUCGGAAGCGCCAUACUUCCGCACCCAGAUCCCCAUGCAGGUGGUGGACGAUCAGCACGGCUUCGCACUCUCCAACAGGCUUCGCAACAACAUCAUCCGCGGCGAGAGCUUCAGCGUCAGCCCGGCCGAGAACGAGAUCGGCUACAACCAGUUUCCACAGGGUCCUGACGGCGGUAUCGGGGAGAGCCUCUACUGGUCCCUGCCGGACAUCUUCCUCGGAAACCGGCUGGCUUCGUACGGCGGCAAGCUGAUGGUGCGCCAGCGGUACGAGGAGAGACCCGGCGCCGAGUCCUACGACGACUCGGACGUCAUCAUCACCGGCAACGGCGUCACCCUGACCUGGAUCAACCCGUCGCCGCCGAGGCCGGGCAGGACGGGGACAUUCGAGGUGGAGCUGUCGGAGCGGGCAGGCUGGAGUCUGCUGGACGCCGCGCGCACCGUGCAGCCCUCGACCCGCGAGGACCUGAUGACGGCGCUCAGCGGCAUCGGCUCCAUCCUCGUGCGCGCCACCUACUCCAACAGUAUGCGCAGCACCUACCUCAGCAACGUCGUCAUGGACACAGCUAUUCCUACGGACACCCAGCAGGGUCGGGCGCUUGGCAUCGAGCAGUGCCGCUGCCCCCGCGAGUACAUCGGCUUGUCGUGCCAGGACUGCGCGCCGGGCCACUACCGGGUCAGCACCGAGCCACUGGGCACCUGCCGGCCCUGCCCGUGCAACGGCAACGAGGAGAGCUGCUUCCUGGGUCCGGACCGGCGCGUUCAGUGUCGCUGCCGAUCCGGCUACACGGGACAGUACUGCCAGCAGCAAGACGACGGCUCCGGCUCGGGCACCCGCCCGCCGCCGACCAUCUCGGUGACCAUCAGUGAGCCAGUCAUCGUGGCCCAGGUCGGCGACAGGGUCAGCUUCCGCUGCUCGGGGCGCUCCCGCACCGGCGAGAGGGUGACGAUCCGCUGGUACAAACGCUCGGGCGAGCUGCCUCGUGACCGCGCCACGGACGACGGUCGCGGCCUGCUGGUGAUCCGCGCCGUCAUCUCAGCCGACUCGGGCGUCUACGUGUGCGAGGCGCGUGACUCCGUGUCGACCGUGACCGAAGAGUCGGAGCUGAGGGUGGGAGGCGGCGAGGCCAGCCCACCGCGCGUCACCAUCUCGCCGCGCUACCUGCAGCUGACGGCCGGCGAGCCGGCGGAGUUCGAAUGCUCGGCAGAGGGCAGCCCGGCGCCGCGGCUCGAGUGGAGCGGCGGCCGGGGAGGUCGCCUCGAGCCGGACGUGUCUGUCGUCAAUGGCGUGCUGGUGAUCGGCGCCGUGCGCAAGGUGCACGAGGCCGAGUACACGUGCACAGGCACCAACCCAGUGGGCUCAGAUGCGGCGCGUACCAUCAUCUAUGUCAGCGGCGGCGAGGAGCCGCGCCCGCGGCCCAACCCGCGGCCCGAGCCGCGGCCCGAGCCGCGCCCACGGCCCGAGCCGGGCCAGAGGCUGGGCGAGGUGGUGCCCAGUCAGGUGUCGGUGCGCGCCGGCGAGCCGGUGCGGAUCACGUGCCGCCCCCGCGACCCGAGCGCCAGCGUGGCCUGGAGCGGCGCCGACCGGCCGCUGCCGCAGCGGGCCAGUGACAUUCGAGGUGAGCUGAUCAUUCCGGCUGCCCAGCCAGAGGACUCGGGCAUCUACGUCUGCACCAUUACCAUCUCGUCGGGAUACAGUGAGGAGGUGCGCGCCAGGGUGGAGGUGGUGGGCUCCUCACGGCCGUCCAACCCGCCGACGGCCCGCAUCGAGCCCGACCGGCAGACUGUGGCGCAGGGAACCGUCAUCGAACUGCGCUGCCAGGCCGACGGAUCGCCCGCGCCGGAGGUGCGCUGGUCCAAGGCGGGAGGGCCACUGCCGGAGCGAGCCCAGGUGCGCGGCAGCUCUCUGGUGAUCAGCUCGGCCGAGGUGUCGGACCGCGGUCUGUACGUCUGCACGGCCAGCAGCCCGGCCGGCUCCUCCCAGUCGUCGGCCAUCGUCGAGGUGGAGCGCGCCGCGUCCGACUUCUGCGCGCCCGAGGAGUUCGAGUGCUUGUCGGGCGAAUGCGUUCCCAUCUCGAGUCGCUGCAACGGCGUGGUGCAGUGCAGGGAUAACUCUGACGAACUGUACUGUGAUGUCGGCCCAGAGCCGCCCAGCUCAGCAUGCAGGCCGACCGAGUUCCGCUGCCGCUCGGGCCAGUGCGUGGGGCGCCGCUUCGUCUGCGACGGCGUGUUCGACUGCUCGGACAGCUCGGAUGAGGCCGGCUGCGGCGGCGCCCGGCCAGGCCGCGAGGUGCCCGCCAUCGAGAUCUAUCCGGAGGGAGCGCAGACGGUGAGCCGGGGUGGCUCGGUGCUGUUCCAGUGCCGUGUGAACGCCGGCGCGCCGGCGCCGAGCGUUAGCUGGGCGCGCGCCGACCGUCGCCCGAUGCCGGCCACCGCCGAGCAGCUCGAUGGCGGGGUUAUCAGAUUCCUGCGUGUGACGGGCGAGGAGGAGGGCGAGUACAUCUGCACGGCCACCAACACGGCCGGCACCACCAGCGCCACAGCCACGCUCUCGGUGGAGUCGCCGCCCGUCAUCACGCUCACACAGCCGUCUCAGUACAGGGUGCGGGAGGGCCAGCGCGUGACUCUGGAGUGCCGUGCCACCGGAGACCCGACGCCGUCCGUCUCCUGGGAGGGCGGCCGCAGCGGCACGCCGUUCUUCAGCGAGGCCAGGGACGACCGUGCCCAGCCGGGCGUGGCGCUGGUCGAGAUCGGCGCUGUGACGCAGGAGGACGCCGGCGUGUACACGUGCCGCGCGCGCAGCAGCGCCGGCCAGUCGGAGCAGCGGCUGCAGAUGGUGGUGGAGCGGCCCGACCGCCGACCGGAGCCGGGGCCGGAGCCGCGGCCGCAGCCGCAGCCGCAGCCGCGGCCGCGGCCGAGGCCGCCCUCGCCCCAGCCUGGCGACGGCGGCGUGCAGCCCAGUGAGGACACGUACCGUGUUCCUCUCAACGGACGUGCCGAGCUCGUCUGCUACGUCGCCGGCUCCAACCGUGAUGUGUACAUCAACUGGAUCCGGUCGGACGGUCGCGAUAUGCCCGUCGACCACCUGAUCCGGGACGGCACGCUGUACAUCAACCAGGUGCAGGAGGACGCCGAGGGCACCUACACCUGCCUCGGACUGGGCGUCUCUGGCACCGUGCUUUUUGAGGCCAAGGCCACCCUGCAGGUUAUCGCGCCGCCCCGGAUCCAGCUGAACCCGGCCCGCCAAGUGGUUCGGCCCGGCGACAACGCCAUCAUCUACUGCUCGGCCACCGGCGACCAGCCAAUCACGCUGCGCUGGGACAAAGUCAACGACCGGCUGCCGCCGUCCGCCACCGUCCGCGGCGGCGAGCUGAACUUCCGUGGCAUCUCGGUGUCGGACGCGGGCCGCUACCUCUGCACGGCCGUCAACUCGGCCGGCCGCUCUGAAGGCGUCACCGAGGUCAUCGUCAACGACGGUCCCAGUGUGACGUCACUGGACCCUGACGUCACGGCGUACGUGGGCUCGACGGCGACACUGCGCUGCGACACUACCGGCUACGAGGGCCGGCUGACCUGGCGCCGCAGCGACGCCCCGCUGCCGCCUGGCGCCGUGUACGACGGCAACAGCCUCAGGCUGGAGAACGUCGACGAGUCGAUGUCGGGCACGUACUUCUGCGAGAUCCGCGAGCUCUCGGGCGAGUCGGGCCAGGCCAGCGUGCGCCUGACCGUACAGCCCGUCAACGACCUGUCGAUUCGCGUGCGGCCGUCCAGUGACGUGGCGCGCGUCGGCUCCACGCUUGACCUGGUGUGCGAGGUGACCGGCGCGGAGGGCGCGCGCGCCAGCUGGGAGCGCGUCAACGCCGCCCUGCCGGCACGCGCCAUCUCCCGGGGAGACAUUCUGCGGCUGGGCGAUUUGCAGCCGUCCGACGGCGGUCUCUACCGCUGCACGGUCCGCACGCCCGCCGGCGCCCAGUACAACGAGGACUACGUGCUCGCCAUACAGGCGGAGCCGGACCUGAACGAGUUCGUGCCGGAGCGCUCCGUGCCGGAGACGGUGCGCGCGCGGCUGACGGCGCCGGUCGAGCUGCGCUGCCGCAGCCCGCUGCCCGGCCCCCUCAGCUACACAUGGACCAAGACGGACGGCCCCAUGCCAGCUGGCCUGGUCACUAGUCGGGAAACGCUGCCCAUAGACGUGGUGCGCGUGGACCACGCCGGCAUGUACGUGUGCACGUCCAGGAGCGCACUGUCGUCGACGGACACGUCGACGGUGCUGCUGGUGACGGACGUGGUGCCGUCCUUCGGCGCCUCGCCCAACUCCUACGUCAGCCUGGAGACCAUCCCGGAUGCCUACCUCAGCUUCGAUGUGGAGCUGUCGUUCCGGCCUGCCCGGAACACCGGUCUGCUGCUCUACAACGGCCAGGAGGACGGCGGCAGCGGCGACUUCGUGUCGUUCGGCCUCGCCGACGGCUAUCCGGAGUUCCGCUUCAAUCUGGGCGGCUCGCCGGCCAUCAUCCGGUCGCGCCGCGCCGUCGUCAUGGAUACCUGGCAUACGGUCCGUCUGCAGCGUGAUAAACAUCAAGGCAAGCUGACUGUGGACGGCGAGUCGGAGGUGGCGGGCGAGACAGACGGCGAGUAUGUCGGCCUGGAUCUGGCGCUGCCGCUCUACAUCGGCGGCGUGCCCGACUUCUCGCAGAUCCACGCCGAGAGCGGCUUCUCCCAGGGAUUCACCGGCUGCGUGGCCCGUCUCUCGGUGUCGGGCGUGCUCUACAGCCUGCAGUCGGACGCCGUCGACCGCCGAGACGUGCGUCAGUGCGAGGUGUGCCGCACCGACACCUCCUGCCAGAACAACGCCCUCUGUCAGGAGGCGCUCAACGAGCGCGGCCAUCGCUGCCUCUGCGCGCCCGGAUUCACCGGCCCCACGUGCGACGAGGCCGGCCAGGUCUGCUACCCAGGCGCGUGCGGUGCCGGCCGUUGUGUGAACGCGCCUGGCGGCUUCGACUGCUACUGUCCGUUUGGCAAGACAGGCCCCCGCUGCCAGCAGGACAUCGUCAUCACCGAGCCGCAGUUUGGCGGCGACAGCUACAUCGCCUAUGACACGCCGCGUGCCAUACGACAGGUCAAGUUUGAGAUGCUGCUGAAGCCUGAGAAGGUCGAGGACGGGCUGUUGCUGUAUGCUGCCCAGAAUGACCAGGGCCAAGGCGACUUCGUGGCCCUCACUAUCAAAGACAGACACGUGGAGUUCAGGUAUGACACCGGCACGGGAGCCGCCGUACUGCGCAGCCUCGAAGAGGUCAAACAGGGCGAGUGGAUGAAGAUUGCCGGCACGCGGCAGAUGAGGGACGGCACGCUGAGAGUCAACGAUGGAGAGCUGGUGCAGGGCAAGUCGCCCGGCAGCACGCGCGGCCUCAACCUGCAGACGCCGCUGUACCUGGGAGGCGUCGACGCGCAGGUGAUGCGCGUCAGCGACGCCGUCGGCGUCGAGCGCGGCCUCAUCGGCUGUGUCGGCUCGCUGCGUGUCGACGACCGCGAGCUGGCGCUGAUCGACGGCCGGCAGGAGGCGGCCAACGUGGGCCAGUGCUCGCCGUCGCUGCCGUGCGAGAGGCGCCCUUGCCAGAACGGCGCCGCCUGCCGCGACAUCGGACGACAGCCGGACCAGUUCCAGUGCGACUGCGUGGCCGGCUUCUCCGGCAAACGCUGCGAGGUGUCCGAAGACGACUGCGCCACAGAUAACCCGUGCCAGAACGGAGGAGAGUGCGUGCAGAGGGCUGGCGUGAGCGCUUGCAACUGUCCGAUCGGUUUCGGCGGCCCCUACUGCGAAGACGAGGUGGAGCUGGGCAGGCAUCUGUGGUUCGACAUGCACUCGUACGCCGAGCUACCGCUGGAGCUGCUGCCUCACCAGUCCAACACAGAGCCGGAGACGGUCAACAUCACCUUCUCCACGCUUGAGGACGGCCUGCUCUUCUUCCACGGCCAGACGGCUCGCGAGCCUGGGGCUGGCCAGGACUACAUAGCCAUCGCCAUUCGCGGUGGCCGGCCGGAGCUGAGCUUCGAGCUGGGCUCGGGUCCUCUGCGGAUCACGCUGCCGCAGCGCGUCGACGACGGCCUCGUGCACUCUCUGGUGGCGCGCCGUACCGGUCGCGACGGCGAGCUCGAGCUGGACGGCGUGCGCGCCGAGUCGGACGCCUCGCCCGGCUACCUCACCAUGAUGAACACCAACGGCAACAUCUACAUUGGCGGUCUGCCCGACUUUGACCUGAUGACCGAGGGACGCUUCUCGGCGGGCCUGGUCGGCUGCGUGCACGGCCUGGCCAUCCAGGGCCAGGAGGUCAACCUGGCCAACGACUUGCAGGGCGGGGUCAACCUGAUGGCUUGUGACGGCGGGCUCGGCAUCGACGACGUGCUGCCCGGUGAGGAGACGUCGCCGCUGCCGCUCGACUACGACCAGUACGACUACUACGAUGACGAGCCGCCGUACGAGACCGGCGAGCAGAUCUCUAACGGCACGGAUCACUUGUUCAACAUGGACGACUAUGACUAUCAAUACAAGAACGACCAGAACGACUACUUGCAGGGCGGCUGGUCGGACCUGCUGGACAACUGAGCGAGGCCGCCGUCCGGAGUGUCCGGCGGCGGCUCGGCCCUGCCGCGUUCGGGCGGGGUUGGAGAGGACCGUGGCAUCGUGCCUUCCGGGGUGACCGCGGUCGUUUGUCCAGCUUUGGAGUCUAUUUUGGUGGUAAUUGUCGUGCACGGGGUAGUGGUGAGCUCCAGUCGAAUCUCGUCAGAAGAAUGUGCCAAAGCCCGAUUGAAUUGAGGGCGACUUUACUAUAUUGAAUGCUUGUGCGCUCCGCGACCAGGACGAGUGCAAGAGUCGAGCGACGGUGAGUUGGCUUGUUUUAAUUUGAGCGCGCCGUUUCGGUUCGUCGACGAGACCUGGGCGGUGCGGGGAGGGCGGCCGGCGCCGCCUGCGUCCGCGGCGCCCUCCGCGCACUGUCCCGCCGUCUCCCCCGUCACUGCCAUUUGCUUACUAACCGUGCCGCGCGCCGUGCUGGCUCCGCCUCCACUGCCCGAGCGCGCGGCUCCAUCCUCGGCGGCGCUCUCGUUAGCGGUACGUGCCCGCGCCGAGUGAGCGUCCGUCUUGUCCGUGUUCAGUCCGAUUUCACUAGUCAGUGUGCGUUGUCGUGGUGCUCAGCGCGAGCGCCCCCGCUCUCUGUCCGCGCCCUCGGGUGCCCGGUUGGCGCCGCCGAGGUGCGCCCUCCCGCCCUCCUUGGUCCGCUUCGCUUCCACAUAUCACCGUUGAUUUCGGCGCCGAUCGGUCCCCGCCCGGCUUUGGAGCGCGGAUCAAACCGGUUUUUCGAGCUCCCGCUUCGUAGCCGCUCUCAAGAACGUCCCUCGUUGGAGUUGUGUAAUUGUUGCGGCGAUGCCGACGCACUUGCUAUAUGUCUAUUUGUAUUUUAACGUGUCGCCAAUAAAGUCCUGCUCUCA